AUGUGCUGUAAGCGAAAAUUGGUGAAAAGGAUAGUAAAAGUACCUGUAAGUUCAGUACGACAUGGCUCCUUAAAAAGGGAAGAUUUAUCCAAACCACAUAUUGCGACCAAUUCCACAGAAAGCGGUGUUAGCCAAACGAAAAGUAAGCAAAUAAUAGACAAAAAAGUAGUAACAAAAGUGGUCAAAAUCGAGAAAAAUAGUGCACCGAAAGAAGCGAAAAAGGAUUUAGAAGCAACCCAAGAGGAGGAAUUCGGCAGUGAUAGAAACAAAGAAGACAUUGUAGAAACGGCAAACGUAAAAUGUCUAGGCAAUUUGGAUGAAAUAGUGAAGAAUCGUAAAUUGAAAAUAGAUAAAGAGAUAGAAGAAAUGAAAUCUGCUCAUGAAAUGGAUGAUUUCAAACCUCUGCAGCCAAUUACCGAUCCAAAAUUGCAUGUUAAAAUUACGGAGAAAAAAUGUGUCCUCUAUGAAACGAACGACGAGCCAACUUUAGACGAUGAGUUAGAUGAAAAAAUACUCUAA